AUGGCAGUCAGUGUGGUUUUUGCACUCCGGGAAUGCUUACUCUCGAAAAAUGCUCAACCGACUAAGCAAGAUAUUGAAGAUGGUUUUGAUGGCAACUUAUGUCGUUGUACAGGUUUCCGUCCCAUACUUGAUGCGAUGAAAUCAUUUGCAAAAGAUGAAAAUCCCAUUGAUAUUGAGGACCUUCACAGAUGUCAAAGAAAAUGCUGUGAUGAGAUUAAAACAUGUCACGGUUGCUGCUUCAGUGAGGGAGAAAUAUCUGCACGCCCGUUAUGGUUUGAACCUAUAUCUCUGAAGGAUCUCUAUACGGUGCUGGAUGCACAUGACACCCAAGUCAUCAGAUUCGUUGUUGGCAACACUGGAAAAGGUGUUUACAAAGACGAUAGUAAUUAUGAUGUUUUCAUUAAUAUUGCUGAUGUGCCCGAAUUGAAUACCGUACAGGUAACUGAGACAUCUUUGCAGCUUGGCGCUGCGCUCUCUCUAAACAAGAUGAUCGCAGAGCUGAGGAAUAACUCUUCCAAAUCCAAAUCAUUUGAGAUUCUUGCAUCUCAUAUCAAGAAGAUUGCCAACGUUCCAGUUAGAAAUGUUGGGUGCUGGGCUGGAAAUCUGAUGAUGAUUCACAAGCAUCGUGAUUUUCCGUCAGAUAUGUUCAUAAUAAUGUGCGCUGUUGGAGCCACUGUUGUUAUUGGUAAAGAUUAA